AUGGAGAUGUGCACCUAUGAAGCCCUGAACAUUCCAUCAAUGGCCCCCGCUCGAGGCCGUACAGGGGCCCGGCUGGGGGGAGAGAGCCGCCCGGACCUGCCCCUGCCUGCGAUAAGCUCUGUGGCCCUGACUGUCCCUCUGGCCUCAGCGUCUCGCCUGGGCCUGUCUCCCCCGUCCCCCCCCUCCCCGUUUCUCCCCCUUCCCGCUCUCCCCCGCCCCUCACAUUCCGCACAGGUGUCAGACUGUGUUGAAGGUGUUCAAAGAUUGUUCAGCAACUCACUCAUGAUGAGGGAAAAGAGCAACAAGGGGAAAAUGCCCGCUCGGAAAUGCGACAUGUGUAGAGUAAUACAGGGUGCUAGUAAAGUUGCUGCCCCGAGGGUCCUCAUCUCUACUUCCUCUUUCCCUCAUCUGUCCCUCAUCGACCUCUCAUCCCCCCUUCAUUUGCCCUUCAUAUUCACCUCAUCUGCCCCUCAUCCUCCACUCACCCUCCCCUCAUCCUCCCCUCAUCCUCCCCUCAUCGACCUCUCAUCCCCCCUUCAUCUGCCCUUCAUAUUCACCUCAUCUGCCCCUCAUCCUCCACUCACCCUCCCCUCAUCUGCCCCUUGUCCUCUCCUCAUCUGCCCCUCAUCCUCCCCUCAUCUGCCCCUCAUCCUCCCCUCAUCUGUCCCUCAUCCUCCCCUCACCCUCCCCUCAUCUGCCCCUCCUCCUCCCCUCAUCUGCCUCUUUCACAUCAUAGAGUCGUGGGACCCUCAGGGCGUACCAGCGCGGGACAGGCCCAAGCUAAUCUGUGUCACCCAAAGGUCCCGGGACGUCCCAGGACUCUGCACCCGGAUGCACGAGUAA